AUGCGCCUUACCUGGUUCUGCGUCUGUGUCCUCCUGUCCACCAUCACAUCACCCGUAAUUGGUGCCCCAAUCGCCCGUGCACCAGCCGAAGUCGGCAUUGAACAAAGAUUGCUAGAAGACACGUUACACGAAGAUGUUCAUCGGGGGAUUGAUGAAGUUACGUCAACCAUGAGGCGGAGGUCGCCUGAAGGGGAGAUGUGGAAGAACAACGUCCAUGAAGAGGUGCGAGAGAACGCGCCGUCCGCUAGCCCUCACCCCUUCGACCCAGCAACACCCAGCUACUCGCGAGACAAGCGACUAUCGCCGGUUGCCAUCUCGGAUGAACUCCAGGCAUAA